AAACUGAAUGGAGAACCGCUCGAGAGAAGAACCAUCCGCUUUGAGGACAGGGAUGGCAUUGAGCGCUAUUACCCGGCACUGCACAUAAAGUUCUCUCACGCCAUGGUUUUCGUCAAAUUCAGUCCACCGCCGAUGAAGACAAUCGCAGACUCGCAUCUCACGGGACAAGACUUGGCCAACAAUCCAGAGAUCCAGAAAUGGUUCGCCGAUGUGAACAACUUUGAAGAAAUGGCCAAAACAUUGUUGACAUUACCACACAAUCAGUUUUGGUCGACUCUUAUAUACGAACGAAGUUUUCAAAUAAGUCUGGAGUCAUAUCUGGGAUCCGCUCCGAGAGAUCACGAGUUAUAUAACUCUUUAAUCACUAAUCAGAUGAAGACGUGUCUUAAAAGAGUUCACAAUUUGGUCUUUCGGUUAUAUCUCAGGAUCUGUUCGUUCUUCGAAACGAAAACAAACUAUAUCUCAGAGAACACAUUCGGAGCCUUACUAUACGACAACUAUUUGAUAGAUUUUCCCAAAAUGAUUGAUCUCUCGGUUCUUUACGUGAACACUGAAUGUCACCAAUUGUUGGCACAAAUGUUGUCGACUGUAAUCGGAUGUCAGCCCCGAUUCGAGGAAGACUUACUUAAAGGUUGCGCUCAUUUCAAGGAAAUGUUCAAUUCUAUUGAGCAAAGACUCGGAACC